CUCCGGAAGUAGUGCGAACUGUGUCGGUGUGCUGAUCAUUGUAGCCGGGAGAGAUGCCGGAGCUGGCCGUAGACCGAGUGGUGGUGCACCCGCUGGUGCUGCUCAGUGUGGUGGAUCAUUUUAACAGAAUAGGCAAAGUUGGAAACCAGAAGCGAGUUGUUGGUGUUCUGCUGGGUUCCUGGCACAAGAAAAUCUUAGAUGUAUCCAACAGUUUUGCAGUUCCAUUUGAUGAAGAUGACAAAGAUGACUCAGUCUGGUUCCUGGAUCACGACUAUCUGGAGAAUAUGUAUGGGAUGUUCAAAAAAGUAAACGCACGGGAACGGAUAGUUGGCUGGUAUCACACAGGACCCAAACUUCAUAAAAAUGAUAUUGCUAUAAACGAACUGAUGAAGAGAUAUUGUCCAAACUCUGUUUUAGUGAUCAUCGAUGUGAAACCCAAGGAUCUUGGCCUUCCCACUGAGGCAUACAUCUCUGUAGAGGAAGUUCAUGACGAUGGAACACCAACUUCCAAGACAUUUGAACAUGUUACCAGUGAAAUUGGUGCAGAGGAGGCUGAAGAAGUUGGUGUAGAACACUUGUUACGAGACAUCAAGGACACUACAGUGGGAACAUUGUCACAGCGCAUCACAAACCAGGUACAUGGACUGAAAGGAUUGAACUCCAAGCUGCUGGACAUCAGGAGUUAUCUGGAGAAAGUGGCCACCGGCAAAUUACCCAUCAAUCAUCAGAUAAUCUAUCAGUUACAGGACGUCUUCAACUUGCUGCCCGACGUUAAUCUGCAGGAGUUUGUCAAGGCCUUCUACCUAAAGACUAACGACCAGAUGCUUGUGGUCUAUCUUGCCUCCCUGAUUCGCUCUGUGGUGGCUCUGCACAAUCUUAUCAAUAACAAGAUUGCCAACAGGGAUGCCGAAAAAAAGGAGGGGCAGGAGAAAGAGGACAGCAAGAAGGAGAGGAAAGACGACAAGGAGAAAGAAAAAAGUGAUGCUAAAAAAGAAGAAAAAAAGGAAAAAAAAUGAAUAUAUUCCAUUAUUAGUAGUUUGUUUGUUUUUUUAAUAAUUUUUUUUCUUUCUGUUUUUGGCAGAGGGUGGGUGGUAAACAUUUUACUGGAAAAUCAUGUAACCUGCACUGUUGGCUCUCCUCGUUAUACCUCGUGGGAGAGGGUCUAUCACACAGAGUCCAUCGCCUGUCCUGGGCAUUGCAGUUCCUCUGAAGGGUUUAAGAGCAGGCCAUCAACUAAAUCAUUUUCCGCCUGCACCUUUGGAUUGUUAGUGAGAGUUCUGGGUCAGAGAAGCAUGGCACUAUCUACAAUACUCCCUACUUUAAAUUCUUUGCCAUUAACCGUUUUUGUAGUGGGGUGUUUUUUUCCUCCAUUUUGUUGUGGGAGAAGGCAGUGUUUUAAGUUAAAAUAAAUACUCCUUUAAUGUUGGAGGGUAUUGUGGGGAAGCGCCUUUCUGAUUGUAAUGUCAUCUACUACAAAACAAUUAAAACAUCUGGUUUAUACAUG